ACGGUGUACCUCAGUUAGCUCUCUUGUUUUCCGGGUGGGCUCAAAUCCAAUCAGUGCAGGUAAUAUAAACAGGUGCAAAUGGAUCUAAUGAGACUGAGGGGUAGAGGUGUGACGGGGUGGGCUGACUUGCGCGUGAGGGAAGCCUUGUGUCGGUGUUCGACGGUGUGACGAGUGUUUAUGAGAUGUGGAUGGGUGAAGCCUGCACUGUGAGCCUGGCGAGUUGACUAUGCGAGCAGGCAUCAGAACUGUCGUGAAAUCAACAUGAGACACAUUGAUAAACAGCACGUUAUGCUACUGGAGAAUCUCAGGAUUAUUUCGGAGCAUAGACGGCGGUCAUUGGCGGAUUACCAUAGGUGUGUGGCUGAGAAUUACAGGCGGGCGUCGGUAGCGGUCCCCACAUGGUCUGGUGCCAGCACAUUUUCCGGUACGGGCAGAGAUGGGGAGUCUGGGGCGGCUGUGUCGAGCAUGGCCCGGGGUAGCGCCGGUCGGCCCGUGGGGGCCCGCAGAAGGACAGAAUCCUCGGUAUCUUGUGAUCCUGCCGUGGUUAACGCAUCUUCUCGGGACACGACCGUGCGCAGACAGCGCGAGGCUUCCAAACCCGAGGUAAAAAUAGCAGCGUAUCCCGUUACAGCCAGCGCACUCCCGUCUUCAGCAACUGCAGGCGAACUUGCAGCAGCGCCAGCGGGAGGACAACAGUCCGUUGUUGUAAACAUGGAGAACCAAGGGGAGUCGACCACUCUUCUGCGGCCGUUCUAUGUCUCCUCCGCCAGUGACUGUCCCCCUGAUCCAUACGCAAUCAUGCACAGCAAGAAGAUCAGCAAGAGGGUUCUUGUGAACGUGGGCGGGGUGAAACACGAAGUGCUGUGGCGCACCCUGGAUAGGAUGCCCCACACGAGACUGGGCAAGCUACGGGAGUGUAAUACGCAUGAGUCUAUCAUGGAAUUGUGUGACGAUUACAGUCUAGUGGAUAACGAAUACUUCUUCGACAGACAUCCGCGGUCUUUCUCAUCCAUUCUCAACUUCUACCGUACCGGAAAGUUACAUCUCGUAGAGGAGAUGUGCGUCCUGUCGUUCAGUGAAGAUCUAGAAUAUUGGGGAGUGGAUGAACUCUACCUGGAAUCUUGCUGCCAGCAUAAAUAUCACCAAAAGAAAGAACAUGUUUACGAGGAAAUACGGAAAGAGGCGGAGAGUUUGCGCAUGCGAGACGAAGAGAACUUUGGGACGGGUUAUUGCUCUAAAUGGCGACAGAAAGUGUGGGACUUACUCGAAAAGCCGCAAACGUCCAUGUCGGCAAGGGUGUUGGCAAUCGUAUCGGUCCUGUUCAUCGUCCUAUCCACAGUAGCUCUGACACUUAAUACAAUUCCGGACAUUCAACGCCAAGACAAUAACGAAUCUACCGAUAACCCUCACUUGGCUAUUAUUGAAGCCGUAUGCAUAGGUUGGUUUAGCUUGGAAUACUUGCUCCGAUUCUGGGCCUCGCCUAACAAAUGGAAAUUUUUUAAAGGACCUCUGAAUAUCAUAGAUCUUCUUGCCAUUUUACCUUACUUCAUAUCACUAGGACUAACUGAGACGAACAAGAGCACGACUUCACAGUUUCAAAAUGUUCGCAGAGUCGUUCAGAUUUUCCGUAUUAUGAGGAUUCUCAGAAUUUUAAAACUUGCUCGUCAUUCCACGGGAUUGCAGUCCCUUGGGUACACAUUGCAAAGAAGUUACAAGGAGCUUGGACUUCUCAUGAUGUUUUUAGCGAUCGGGAUUUUGUUGUUCUCGAGUUUGUGUUAUUUUGCUGAAAAAGACGAACAUGAAACUCUUUUCUCCAGUAUCCCAGAGACCUUUUGGUGGGCAGCUAUUACCAUGACUACCGUGGGAUAUGGGGACAUCUACCCUAAGACGGUACUGGGGAAAAUUGUCGGUAGUGUGUGUUGUAUAUGUGGCGUGCUAGUUAUUGCUCUGCCGAUUCCAAUCAUAGUGAACAAUUUUGCUGAGUUCUAUAAGGAUCAGAUGCGUAGAGAGAAAGCGCUGAAGCGACGUGAAGCUUUGGACAGAGCUAAGCGGAACGGCAGUAUAGUUUCCUUCCACUCAGUGAACUUGAGAGACGCCUUCGCCCGCAGCAUUGACCUGAUGGACGUCAACUCGGAUGCUCCAAGGGGAGACAACUACGACUGUCAGAGCAACGACAGUAAGUGUACCAGCCCGGCGCCAUGUGUGGUGAAGAUGAACGUGGCGCCUCAGCGACCUGUCCAGGGGUCGGAUUGCUCAGAGGGUAAGGUUUGUGGCCUGCACGACUCUCCACUUAACCCCAGCACUACUAACCUACUGGACGUAGACGAGGAAUCCCUGCAGCGAAUGACUGCCAUGCAGCCAGCCAUGUUGAACAGUAACAUACAGGAGCUGGGACCGUUCAUGGAGAUAGCCGAGAAUGAUUUGUUGGAGAAACGCAAGUCCAGCAUAGAAAUGAAGCCAUUAGGUCGGCAAAGCAGCACCGCUAGUAGUGACACUUACACUAGUUGUUUAACUCAUCCUCAGAACAGCCCAUCUAUUCCUUCACACGGAGCAGAAAAUUCGAAACAAAAUUUGUACGUAAAUCCACUAGACGAGCCUGUGCGUGAAUUACCCACCUAUGAUGAUGUUAUUAAUGAUCUUGAUAGUCCAGCGGAAAAACAGAGAGACAGUCCGACCUCCUCGCCAAGGCAGAUAACUCGCCCAUGUAGAUCGGCGACAGGGGGCGCCGUGAAGAGACCUUCCGAACAAAUUGUGCAACGUUUGGACGAAGGGUUUACUGCUACAUGGCAACGUGCAACCUCUACCUCAGCUGCGGGCAAAUGCCCUCGGUCACCCAGAGGGAAAUAUGGCAACUCAGAUUGUGCAAAAACUAGUAGUGGUUACAGUUCGGCCCCGAUUUUUCACAGCGGGGAUCGGGAUAGACAAAAGCAAAAGUCUUCACUGAAGCGCCACAAAUCCAUGUCUCACGUCAAACAUCCCCGAUUCGUGGACGGGGACAUAGAAUGGACUUUCCGUUCAACAGACAACCUUCAUUCGCCAGCAUCACAGGCCACCGCUAAAGUUAAGUCUAAGUUCCGCAAAGCCACGUCAUUGGCUAGUCGUCUUCACAGUAGCCCAGCCACUGGGAGGAGACUGGCCCACUACCAUCUUGUAGCAAAUCCAAAGUCAGGAAACACCUGGAGUACACGCUCAUUGAACACGAGCCAGAGCUCCGAAUUGCUGGUACCAAUCCUCCGAAAAUCCAGUCCGUCGAUCCUAGACCCGCCGCCACCAAAGAAAAAAUCAAUUUUAAAAAAGGAUGCAAUCGACAGGGAGGAGAUAGAGAAUUUGCUGGUGAACGACGCCCCAAAGGAAUUGUCCGAUGACCAGGACGAUUCCAAACACGACGCUUUGCUCAGCAAACCAUUUGACCAGUUUUGGGGCCAAGAUGGCGACGUGUAUUGCGGAGAGAUAACUCGAUCACCGUCAAAACCCACCCAUCUCCCCGUCAAGACAACGGCCACGAAGUUUCCACGAAAGACAACGACUCCACCGAUACGAUUUGACAGUUCCUCGGCGCAGAACGAGCCUCCACCAAACGACAUGUUCGAAGAACUUGCGUUCAGCGAUAGCAUGGCCAGUCCGGACACCAUUAAAACGAUCAAAGAACUCGAUAACUUAGAGCAGAAGGAACUGUGGCAAUCUGACUCGAGUCCUUCAGAUAAUGAUCUGGAGAGUCUGACGAAGGCCAGUACACCAGACGAACCGGCGUCCCUGUCACGUGACUCGGAAAUGGAUCUAGCAGACGACAGUUAUCACACGGAUCAAGAUACCGAAAACUGUGAUGAUAAGUCGUCUCCUGAGUACUACAUCAUCGAAAAGGAGGAUGUAAACAAUAUAAUGUCAGCCCCGGUGCAAAAAGAUCUCUCUUUGGACAAUAUAAUGAAUAAUCUGGACAAGCCGUCGAACUCGGACGACGUAAAAGAGGGUCACGACACCAACAUUGACAGCAUCACGUACCAGUAGUAGUCAGUUUCAUCUCCAGUCAUAUCCAGAUUUCCACAGUCGUCUUUCAUCAGGCACGUUAUUCUUAGACAUCAGUGGGCUUCCGUUAGUUUAUGCGCCUCUCACAGAGAACCGUGACGUGACUGAAAGCUGUUUAUUCAAAUGAACUGAAUCUCUCCCAUCGUUCCUGAUAAGCAAAAGCAACGCUGAGUGCAAAGUGUUGGAACUGCUGCUGCUGGCAUAUACGACCCCAACAGAAUCAAGAAAUGACCAAUGACAAUCAUUCUCUAGGCCCCCACCCAUGGAUUAUUAACAAGUGUGUUUUGACGUCAUGGUGAAAGUGUUCGGUCUGUGAUAAACACGAUUCGUCACCCUUUACUCGCGGGAACGAUUAUUCUGGGAUUAAACUCUGUAUUUAUUGUAUUCAACAAUAUCUGGGCUCUAAUGGAAUUGCUGUGAAAGAGCAUUUUAUGGUGGUCAAAUUUAUCAAUUUUCAACUUCAACUUUUAACCAUGGAGCACGGAUGCUUAAAUGAGAUUUCACACUACAACAGUGUGUUUCCGAAAACUUAAUCUUUAUUCGUCACUGAGAUGUCAAAGUAUAAUUAUAUCGUAAGCAUGGGCAUAUAUGGUAUCGGUUUACAGGCAGUGUCUUCACAUGAGGAGUAGACCGUGAUGGAGCACGUACUGUACACAACGACACGGGUGAACUAUCCUGUGUAUGAUACAAGAGGAAUCCUUCAGAUUCAUAUGCUAGAGUAGGAUUGAUAUUGGAGACCUGUAUUGUCACAGAGGCUUGAAUAAAAACGUGUCACCUGGGUAUAGGAGCAGGGAUAAUCCUUCAUACUGGCAUGCAGGAUUAACGUGUUGACCAUUUGUAGGCUACCAUUUGGGAGGAUGAAUCCUACAUAUAUCAUCAUCACGGCAGAGCCCACUUAAUAGUGACUAUGGACAAAACUUUAAGUAUUAUAACGUGAUCAUUCUUGUGGUGUAAGGAUGUAGUGUAUCUCGAAGAUUCUCGUUAACGAGCUGGUCUAGUUAUUCACGAUGAACGGCCUCACUGGUUCCACAUACGUUCAUACCGUGUUCACCGAUAAUGUUACCAUCUGAGGAGUUUAAAGUUAAUAAUUAAUAUAUGCAAGUUGUUAUUUGUAUACCAAAACCGUUAAGCUAAUUGUUUUGUGUAAAUCGUGAAUCCGCUUGGAUUAUUGGUUUGAUUUUAGUGCUGUGCAAACGUAAAUUAGUUCCACGAGCUAUAGUCGUCGUUUCGAAGUGGCUUGACUUCUUCAGGGAUGCACGGGGAACCCCAUAAUUUACGUUCAGUUUCGUGUCGUCUUACAUGAAUGAUACUCUUCUGUCACUGGGCAUGUGUCCUAAAAUAAGAGCUGUGCGAGAUAACUGAGAACAGAAAGCAAGCAAAUUGGCACUUCCUGGCACAGGUGAUGGUAUGCUCCUUCACAACUGCUCAAAGUACUGAGGCACAUCCGUAUAUCCGUGUUGAGAAUGCUACAAAAUAUUUGUUUUCGUGUUGCAUAUAAAACAAAACCUGAGUCAACACGGGCUAGUCUUUAUACAUCGCUUUUGCGUGUAACGUUUUUACAUUAACGACUGGCACCGACUUCUUAACCCUUUUUUAUAUGAUUUACUCCGCUGUUUAUGAUAUGGAAGCUUUCUUCUGUUCUGUUCCUUAUCACUUCAUUGUUGGAUGCUUAUGUGAAAAUCUGUACAAUUGGACUCGGUAUCGCUAUUUUUAUCCCCGUGUUGAUACUGAAAAUGGACACAAUUCUCUAGUCUAAUAUCAGUAAAUAUAAAUACUUCAGACAUGUAUAUGUGAACAGAUUUACAACGCACUGAAAUGCAUUGGCAACACUGAAUGUACUUCGUAAAAAAAAACAACCCAUGUGUGUGAAACAGGCAAAGUAUAAACCUCUUGAAGACAGCAAAGUAUGUGGUAAUCAUUGGAAACGUUUUUUGUUUUUUGUUAUAAAGUUGAAAACUGUUGAAUGAUGGUUAUAUGUACAAUAUAGAACCGGAAACCUUUGAUCCGCCAUUUUGAAGGUCUUUAAAGUUGAAAUACUUAAGUGUACAAACAUUCAAGUUUGAUGAAUUUCUUAGGCUUUGUCAUGAAAAUCGUCAACGCGAAUAAUAAUGAUCACUUCCUCUAUUAUGUAUAAGAGUAUUUAGAGUGUUAUUGUUUCUCUCUCAAAACUCUAAUAUUCCAUGUACGCAGUGGUGAUUUAAAUAUGACGUUCAUAUAUACAAUCACAUAUAUUGCUCCUGUAGCGUACUGUAAAAAUGAAUUGAACAUUUUAUAGGUUAAUCAGGGUAAAUUUCGCUGCUUCUUUAAUGUCCCAGCUCAUUAUGACACAGGUCAUAUGGCUCACUGUAUAAGGCGGCAUUUUUCACUGCAUAUACCGUGAUCUGGUUCAACACUAUGGUGGUUUUGGAUUUGAGUGUGAUUCCAGCCCAGUAUGACUCGGAUCGGAUAUAUCGUUAUAUACCGUGGCACAUCUCACUUUAUACCGUGAUUAGGUUCAUUACCGUGGUGGUUUCAGUAUUUCAGACCGACUUCACCCCAAUAUGCAUGACUCGGAAAUGGGAUGAUCUUCCUGUAUGCCGUGAUCUGGUUCAUCAGUCUGGUGCUUCUUUGUAUUACAGCCGACUCCAGUUCAGUUUUACAGGGAUCACAAAUCUCGUUAUAUACCGUACCACACCUCACUAUUGUACACCGUGAUCACUGUGGUGAUCCGAUAUGACACGGAUCACAUACCUUACUAUAUACAGCGACUUAUCUCUCUACAUCCAUGAACUGGAUCACUACAGUAGUCGUUUGUACAUUGAACGCGACUUACUCUUUCUAAGUCCGCAAAGUAUACAUUUUAACACGAACAUUUUCCUUGGGUUAUCGUUUCUCGAUCGUUUGUACUGUUGCAGAUGUUUCAUCUUUAACGACAAGGCAGCGUAGUGUAAAUAGCUGUAACAAUCUAUAAUUUCCUCUUCUGACAUAAUUUUUACACCCGGUGAAUAACUGCCAUUGUUUGUGAGUGAAGAAGCAUAGUAUACACUGUGGUACGACUCACACCAUACGACACCACGCGUAUAUCUGGUUAACAUUAGCGCAUCAUAUAGCAUGCAGGUUCUUCUGAUUGAUCAGAAACGUUAGGCCUUCGUAAAUGUUAUAAGUGGUUAAUGCAUGUAAGAGGAAACCACGCGUUCAAGCGGUAGCAGAUAGACUUGUGUUCACGUGUCAGACAUCUUUUCUAAGAAAAUUUGCGUUGAACUGUACCAGUAAAAUUUAAAAGAAUAGACUUUGGCGGCCAAAUAGCCGGAAGUUUAAAGUCUCCUUAUAGCUGUUGCGACAUAGCUUGCCUGAAACUGUAGCAACAAUGGGGUAGGCCUAGCCCCAGGUGGCUACCCAGCCCUCUACAAAGAGAAGCAAAUCUUGUACCUCAUCUUGAACAGUAGUGCCGUGUACCUACGUUAAUAACAACGCAAGUGACCAGGAAUAAUUAAAGCCGGCAUUGUGAUUCAACCCGACAGAGGGCAGUGCGGACCCAUAGAUUACAAGAUUUGCUUCCUUUUGUAGAGAGCUGGUCACGUCAGCUUUACGUUUUUGAGCUGAAUCCUUUUGUUUGUUUCUUUUUACUGAAUUAAAACGCUGUGGUAAUGAAAACUGGCCUUUUCUGGCGACCAUUAUGUUAUUGUGUGGAAAUUGGAUACUGCAAAUUACGCUCUCGCGUCGGACUUCGUGGAACUCAAGAAAAACCGCUGGUUUCUUAUGGAUUUUUAAUAAGUUUGAGUUUUAGGAAUCUCUCACCACGUGAUGCUUGACGUGCUCCGUCUCGUGAACUUGAGAACGCGAGUUUAACGCUAAUCGAUUUGGCAAUGUCUUGCGAGUUUGGUGCUGAUCUCGUGUUUUGCUUCUAGUUAUCUGAAGAGCCUUGUGUUUAGGAAAGGGACGUGGCUCGUGAAGCCCAGUGGUCAGAUUUGUCUUCCAUGCAUACUUAAACUGUGCUACCAUUUGUUGACGAGUUUAUUUGACUUACUUAGUUGGCACCUGCAAUUUAUGAGGGAAUUUACGUCAACGUAGAUUUAAUCUCAUUACUCAGAGUGUUCCAAGCUGUUAGCUUUACUAUACCGGUACUAAAUAUAGUCAACAAUUUACCUUAUCCUAUAUGCUUCAAAAAAUGAUUGCUCCAGAAUCCUGACUUUAUCAGAGAACGUUUUCAUAAAAGCCUUUUGUCUUACUUUCAAUACUUUGAGGGUUAUUUGUGUAAACAGGGGUUUUAAACUGUGGAGAGCCAAAACUGCUAUGUGAAGACAAGUCCAUCGAUUGUUUUAUUCCAUUCGGCAAAACUUAACCAUUAUAAUGAAACUUUAAAAUGGCUUAUUUUUGUUUAUGCCUUAGUUGAUGUCGCGACUAUAUAUAGACUAAAUACUGAAGUUAAAACACAGGCUUAAAAGCUUACUUAUCCUUAGCAGUUAUGUAAACGUGGGGAGUUUUUCCACCAAACAUCUAGCAAUGUACAAUGACGACGUGUUCUACCUAUUAUCACAGUGUAUAUGCAUGUACAAUACAACGGAUGUCCACCGAACGUAUUGACACAUGGCUGGUGUCAAACCUAUAUUACUUUACGCACAAUGCUAUAACCUUAUCCCAUUAUGUCGCGUUGUAAAGAUUGGCCAGAAUCUUGCAAUCAUUUUAUGUCGAAGUGUUUGAUGGUUGCCAUUUUAAUAUUGAAUGAAAUAUAAAACAUUUGCUGUCUUUUGCUUGCCCCUCUGGUCUGUAUUUCACACUCACUGCGGAUGUUAAUGCCCAGUUUGACUGUAUGGUAUGUUCAUUGUGUUAACUGUUUUAACUCUUGCAAAAAAAGUAUAUCAUUUUAUUUUGUACGUCAAGGUGUAACUCAAUUAUAAUGCCUGGCUGCAAAGUGUUAUACAAACUACUAUUUUUUUUUGUUAAGUCUUGUACAAAUAUGUUAGCGGAGAACUGUGAACAUGUAUAGGGUGUUUCCACAUCACUGUUUGUUGAGUAUUAUUUAUAUAUAGGUUGCUCUGUUAGGAUGAAUGUAUGUGCGUGGAUUGUUAACCGACUGCACUUCUAACGCACGUGCGGAUUGGCGUGUGUUGCGUUGUACAUAGCCAAUGGUUGUACAGGUUACGAAAUCAGAUUCCAGAGUUAAUAUUUAUUCCUUCCAACUAUUAAUUCAUUAAAGCCUUCAAAAUCAAAAA